UAAAGUUCUCCCCUUCCCGCUAGGGUUCAUUUGCGUCCCUUUGGGUCUCUGUAGAUUUCUCUCCGAUUUCAUCGCGAUUUCCCUUCGUUUUCUCGCCGUCUAAACGCUCUCAUUUCCGUAUUUUUCCGUGAAUCUUAUCCCUUUUCUCUCUUGAAUCUCGAUUUACUGCUGCAACCUACUGCGGGAAUCGAGUUUCCCACACUUUCUCGGCAUCCAAACAGUGGGACAAUCUAAUCGACGUUUCUUAAUCCAGUAUCUGCAGUCUGUAACUCUUGGAAGCCUUUGAUAUUCUAGGGUUCCCAGUAAGAUGGCGGUGAAUCUGUCGCCGGGGGCGGUUGUGAGGAUGUUGAAUGGGGAAGUGACGACCGAGAAAGAAAUGAUGCCGGUGUUGCAAGUGACCGAGUUGAAGCUGGUUCAGAGCAAGCUUCAGCAGCAGCAGCAGCAGCCGCAGCAGUUUCGGAUGUUGUUGUCUGAUGGGACCUACUUGCAACAGGGGAUGCUCGGAACUUCUCAGAACGAUCUUGUGAAAAGAGGGAUUCUGCAAGCCGGUUCGGUUGUUAAGCUCACUCGUUUCGUCUGUAAUCUCAUCCAAGGUCGAAGGAUCGUUAUUGUUAUUGAACUGGAGAUUGUAGUAGAGAAAUAUAGUAUAAUUGGAAAUCCUGUACAAGCGGGAAAGCCUAAUGAUCCUGGUCACGCCUCCACUGAUCAGCGUGGAGGGGUUACUGGAGAUAAACCACAUAUAGGUGGCUUUGAGCAACAAGCUAGAGGGAAUGAAUUGAGCGGUAGCCGUCAAAUCAACGUUCCUGACUCAGGGAGAUAUGCUGCAGCUGGUUCACCUCAAGUUGGCCAAAAUCCAUCAUUUGCCACUGGUUCUGGGUACCCUGGAUUUGAGCAACAAGCUAGAGGGAAUGAAUUGAGGAGUAAUCCGACUGCAGGUUAUGGAAGCUCAAGGCACGAGCAAUCUUGGCCUCCUCCAACCGCUCAAUCCCGUCCUGUUCGGCCUGUGUAUCCACCCCAACCACCACCACCAAUGUACAACAAUAGGGGACCUGUGGCUAGGAACGAAGCUCCUCCUAGGAUAAUACCAAUUGCUGCCCUUAAUCCUUACCAGGGCCGGUGGACCAUCAAGGUCAGAGUCACAAGCAAAUCAGAAUUCAGGCACUAUAGCAAUCCCCGUGGGGAUGGGAAGGUGUUCUCUUUUGAUCUUCUUGAUGCUGAUGGUGGAGAAAUACGGGUUACGUGUUUUAAUGCUGUGGCCGAUCAAUUCUUUGACCAGAUUGUAGCUGGUAAUGUUUAUCUGAUCUCAAGGGGAAGUUUGCGACCUGCUCAGAAAAACUUUAACCAUCUCCCCAAUGAUUACGAGAUAAUUCUGGACAAUGCAUCAACAAUACAACCAUGCUAUGAGGAUGAUGCUGCCAUUCCGCGCCAGAAGUUUCAUUUUCGUUCCAUCAGUGAUAUCGAAAGCAUGGAGAACAACAACAUAGUUGAUGUUAUCGGUGUUGUCUCAUCCAUCAGCCCGACUGCAUCAAUUAUGCGGAAAAAUGGGACUGAAACACAGAAAAGAGCACUUCAGUUGAAGGAUAUGUCUGGCCGUAGUGUUGAGUUGACUAUGUGGGGUAAUUUCUGCAAUGCCGAAGGGCAGAACCUGCAAAAUCUGUGCGACUCUGGUUCAUUCCCGGUCCUUGCGGUGAAGACGGGUAGGAUCAGUGAAUUUAACGGGAAGGCAAUUGGCACUAUUGCAUCAAGUCAGCUACUCAUUAACCCGGAUUUUCCCGAAUCCCGUAAGCUGAAGGAAUGGUUUGAGAGAGAGGGCCGGAACAUGCCUUCUAUCUCCAUAUCCAGGGAGAGUUUCAGCAGUGGGAAACCAGAUGUUCGGAAAACGAUCUCCCAGAUCAAGGACGAGAAGCUCGGUACCUCAGAGAAGCCUGACUGGAUCACCGUCAACGCAACCAUUAUAUACAUGAAAGCCGACAAUUUCUGCUACACGGCUUGUCCGAUCAUGAAUGGAGAUCGUCCCUGCAGCAAAAAAGUCACGAACAACGGAGAUGGGACAUGGAGAUGCGACAAGUGCGAUCAGUGUGUGGCUGAAUGCGACUACAGGUAUAUACUGCAACUCCAGAUACAGGACCAUACGGGACUAACAUGGGUCACAGCAUUUCAGGAGGCUGGUGAAGAGAUAAUGGGAAUAUCUGCUAAAGAUCUGUAUUACGUGAAACACGAACAUCAAGAUGACGAGAAAUUUGCGGAGGUGAUCCGUAAGAUGGCAUUCAAAAAGUAUAACUUCAAGCUGAAGAUCAAGGAGGAGACGUUUAGCGACGAACAGAGGAUAAGAGCAACGGUGGUGAAAGCUGAGAAGGUGAACUACACCUCAGAUACGAGGUUUCUGCUGGAAGCAAUGGAUAAACUCAGGACAGAGGAGGCGAACUCGAACUACAGCAGCUCGGAAGCGUUCAAUGGCGGGACCACAUGUACACGUGGAGAGACGGGGAUGGAUGGAAGGCAAGUGGGUCAGUAUGAGAAAGAGUAUGGCGGAAGUGGGCAUGUAUCUGCACACUGUCCAAGUGUUGUGAGUGAACCAGCAGGGCAAUACAAUAGGGGUGGUGGUGGUGGUUAUAGCAGCGGCGGAAUAUCUUCCGGCGAAGGAACAUACGGAGGAGGUCCACCCAGGCAACAUGUCGGUGGCUACUGAAGAAGGCUUACUUGUACAGUCUCUCUCUCUCUCUCUGCAUCCUUUUUUUUGGGGGUUUCGAAUGUUGUUUUUCACAUCGCCUACAUCAGAUGUGAAAAUUCUUUUGUGUUGAUUUUGGGAUCAGGCACCAAAUGGUACUCUAUGUUUGGUUUUUCUUGCAGUAUAAGUUAUCUCAUCUUUAUGUUUUUUUUUAAUCAUCA